CCCCUCUCUCUCUCUCUCUCUCUCUCUCUCUCUCUCUUUCUCGCGGCCCUUUUCUAGGGUUUUGCUCUCUCCCGCUCCUCUCGCCGCUCAAAAAGAGGAGGGUUUUAAAGAAGAAGCCCUCUUGGGACGAACAAGACGAUGGAGAGCUCGCGAACUCGGAAGCGGCAGCGGCACGCGUGGGACGCCGCACCUUCCGAAAGAGAGGCUGCUCGUGGCGAGGCGGCUCCGGUCGCGAGGGGCGCUGCGUCGCCGCCGUGGAGGGACGACGAUCGAGAGGGUCACUACGUGUUCGAUCUCGGAGAGAAUCUCACGCCGAGAUAUAAAAUUCUCAGCAAGAUAGGGGAAGGUACCUUUGGUCGGGUUUUGGAAUGUUGGGAUCGCGAGACACGCGAUUACGUGGCCAUUAAGGUUGUUCGGAGCAUACGCAAGUACCGGGAGGCUGCAAUGCUUGAGAUAGAUGUCCUUAAUCUUCUUGGCAAAAAUGAUAGACAUGGAUCGCGAUGCGUUCAACUUCGGAGGUGGUUUGACUAUCGUAAUCACAUUUGCAUUGUUUUUGAGAAGCUUGGACCGAGCUUGUAUGAUUUUCUAAAGAGAAAUAAAUACUACCCGUUCCCUGUGGAACUUGUGCGGGAGUUCGGACGUCAACUAUUGGAGUCUGUAGCAUAUAUGCAUGAAUUACGCCUUAUACACACUGAUCUCAAGCCAGAAAACAUUCUUCUUGUGUCUUCGGAAUACAUAAAGGUUCCAAGCAGCAAGAGGAAGUCACAAGAUGAGGUUCACUUCAAGUGCUUGCCAAAGUCAAGUGCGAUAAAGCUGAUUGAUUUUGGUAGUACUGCCUUUGAUAAUCAGAAUCAUAGCUCGAUUGUGUCUACAAGGCAUUACAGGGCACCUGAAAUAAUCUUAGGUUUAGGGUGGAGCUAUCCUUGUGAUAUGUGGAGCAUCGGUUGCAUUCUAGUUGAGUUAUUGUCGGGGGAAGCUCUUUUUCAAACACAUGAAAAUUUGGAGCAUUUGGCCAUGAUGGAGAGGGUUUUGGGACCAAUUCCAGAACACAUGAUACGGAAAGCCAGUUCCAAUGCAUCAAAAUACUUCAGGCGAGGAACCCGGUUAAAUUGGCCCGAAGGUGCGGUGUCGAGAGAAAGCAUAAGAGCAGUAAAGAAACUAAAUCGACUUAAGGAGUUCGUUUCUCAAUAUGUCGACCAUUCAAGUACCUUGUUGACCGACUUGUUAUAUGGUCUUCUGAGAUUUGAACCGUCAGAGCGUCUCACCGCGCAAGAAGCUCUAAAUCAUACUUUCUUCAAACCAGCAGUUUGAUUAGCCGAUGAAGAAGGCUCAGUUUUUGUACUCCAGCCAUUAUUCAGAUCUCCAUACGCGCGCAGUCAACAUAAAUGCGUAUUUGGGGAAAUAGUUUCUGUAUCGAAGAAGGCGAAUGCGAAUGUCGGAUUCAGGAAAUCUUUCGCUAAUUUAUAGCAUGUGACUCAAAUGUUAUAAAUAUCUGUUACCAAGGAGUAACAAGAAAUCUUCGGCUGUUACUCUUUGAGUGUGCUAAUGUGUUAGAAAAAUUUUCCCUAUUCCUCUAAUUGCCAAAUUGUAUUUCUGGCAUUUUCUUAUUCCAAUAUGAUUUGAUGUGAAUCUGAUUUUAAUUUGUGGCUAAGUUUCAGGCUCGUCUUUGUACUGAGGGUCACAUCAUCAUUAAUGACCGAAAAUGAUAGGAGGCAACGAGCGAAGUGUGCUUAUUUUGUGCAGCACGAAA